AUGUACCCAUCAGAUCGGUAUGGUAUGCCCAAAACCGACCACACAAAGUGGCGGUUGAUAACAGAUAUUUACGGCAAACAAAACUGGGUGUAUGACCGCACGGGUGACGGUCCCGAGCCUACCAGUUAUGUCCGCCAUCAGAUGCAAAAUGGGUUUAAUCCGAAGGAAUUGCCCAAGCCAGAGUCUGCACAUGACGCCGCAUCGAAUUGCUUUAGCUUUUUGAGCCAAUUGCAGGACGACAGUGGUAUUUUUCCAUGCCAGUAUGGCGGUCCGAUGUUUAUGUUGAUAGGCUAUGUUGCUGCAAAGUACUUUUGCAACGUGCCGUUCUCCGAAGAGGAAAAACUCGAAAUCCGCCGUUAUUUAGUGAACCGUGCGCACCCAGUUGAUGGUGGAUGGGGAUUGCACACAUAUGGUGACUCUACGGCGUUUGGAACCUCUAUUAACUAUGUUAUUUUGCGCCUUCUAGGCAUGAGCGCCGACCAUCCCGCAAUGGUCAAAGCCCGAGGAACGCUGCUGCGUUUGGGCGGUGCCAUUGGUGCUCCCAUGUGGGGAAAGGUAUAUCUUUCUCUUCUGAAUUUGUAUAAAUGGGAAGGUGUCAACCCGUCGCCCCCGGAGCUCUGGAUGCUACCGUAUUGGGUCCCUAUUCAUCCUGGCCGCUGGUGGGUUCAUACUCGUGCGGUGUACCUUCCUAUGAGCUACCUUUCCAUGAACAAAGCUAGCAAGGAAUUAAAUCCGUUGCUUGAGGCUAUAAGAUCGGAGAUUUAUACGAAGCCGUUUGACCAAAUUGAUUUUAGCCGCCAUCGCAACACCGUUUGCGGUGUGGAUCUAUAUUACCCUCACUCAAAGAUGCUUAAUUUUGCCAAUGCUACGUUGGCAAUGUAUGAGAAGUGGUUACGUCCCGAGUGGCUACGAAAGAAGGCAUCUAAAGAGGUUGUCGAUCUCGUUCUCAAAGACUUGAAAAAUACUGACUGGUUGGCCAUUGCCCCUGUUUCCCAAGCCUUGAAUGCUAUGGUGAUUUUCAGUGAAUUUGGUGGUGAUGCACCUGAGUUCAAGCGUUUCCUAGAUCGCUGGCCGGAUGCGUUAUAUAUGUCACCUGAAGGCAUGUUUGUGUGUGGAACCAACGGCGUUCAGACAUGGGAUGCUGCUUUUGCACUGCAAUACUGUGUGAUGGCGGGACUGUCCGACAAAAAGGAGUUCCAUGAUGCUCUUAUUAAGGGCUAUCGAUUUCUUGUCAAUGCGCAGUUUACAGAUAAUGCCGUUGAGGGUAGUUAUCGAGACAUUAGAAAGGGAGGCUGGGGGUUCUCCACAAAAAUUCAGGGAUUCACUGUAAGUGACUGUACUGCUGAAGCAAUCAAAGCCAUUAUUAUGGUUCAAAAUGUCCCAGGACUAGAGUUUUUAAAGGAGGAUAUGCCUGUCGAAAGAUUACAAGAGGGCGUUGAUGUUUUGUUGGCAAUCCAAAACUGGGGCAACUUCCAUUAUGGAUCCUACGCUUCAUAUGAGCAGAUCAAGGGCCCGGAAAUUCUUGAGUUGCUCAAUCCUGCAGAGGUAUUCGGCAACAUUAUGAUUGAGUAUCCGUACGUUGAGUGUACAGACUCCUCUAUUCUUGGUCUUCACCACUUUACCACUCAUUUUGACUAUCGUAAGGAUGACAUUGAGAAAUCAAUCAAGGCAGCAACCGACUACAUUAUCAAACACCAGCGGCCUGAUGGUUCUUGGUAUGGCUCUUGGGGUGUGUGCUUUACUUAUGCAGGAAUGUUCGCUAUUGAAGCGUUGUCGACGCAGGGUUACACAUAUGAAAACAGUGAGGUCAUCCGUAAAGGAUGCGAAUUUUUGGUACAACGACAAGAAGAAGAUGGUGGCUGGGCUGAGGAUUUCCGCUCGUGCGAACUCUUCAGUUAUGUCCGUCAUGAGAAGUCAGAGGUUGUCCAGACAUCUUGGGCUACCAUUGCUCUUUUACUAGCAGGGUACCCCGAAAAAUCGGUUUUGGACAAGGCAGUCAAGUUCCUAAUGUCCAAACAGAAUGACGACGGAUCCUACAACCACAAUCAUGUGGAAGGCGUAUUCAAUCAUUCUUGCGCCAUUGAGUAUCCGAACUACAAGUAUUAUUUCCCCAUGAAGGCCAUGGGCAUGUACGCGAAAAUAUAUGACUAG